AGAUGGCGGCGGCGAUAGGGGUCCGCGGCCGGCUCCAGCUGCUGGCUUGCUCCGGCCCAGGCUGGUUUCUCAGUCUUUCCGCCUUGCUGAGUGUGGCGGCUCGAGGGGCCUUCGCCACCACGCAUUGGGUCGUCACAGAGGACGGGAAGAUCCAACAGCAGGUGGAUUCACCAAUGAACUUGAAGCAUCCUCAUGACUUAGUCAUAUUAAUGAGGCAAGAAACAACCGUUAACUACCUCAAAGAAUUGGAGAAGCAACUAGUCGCUCAAAAAAUUCACAUAGAGGAGAAUGAGGACAGAGACACUGGACUGGAACAGAGGCAUAAUAAAGAAGAUCCAGACUGCAUCAAAGCUAAGGUGCCCUUAGGGGACCUGGAUUUGUAUGAUGGCACAUACAUAACUUUGGAGAGCAAAGACAUCAGCCCUGAAGAUUACAUAGACACAGAAUCUCCUGUCCCUCCAGACCCUGAGCAACCUGAUUGUACUCAAAUUCUAGAACUUCCAUAUAGCAUACAUGCUUUUCAGCACUUGCGAGGUGUACAAGAGAGAGUUAAUCUUUCUGCACCUCUGUUGCCUAAAGAAGAUCCAGUCUUCACAUAUUUAUCUAAACGGUUAGGAAGGAGCAUCGAUGACAUAGGUCACCUCAUUCAUGAAGGCCUGCAGAAGAACUCUUCCUCCUGGGUACUAUAUAACAUGGCUUCAUUUUACUGGAGAAUAAAAAAUGAGCCAUAUCAGGUAGUGGAAUGUGCCAUGCGAGCACUUCAUUUUUCUUCCAGGCACAAUAAAGACAUUGCCCUGGUCAAUCUGGCAAAUGUUCUACACAGAGCACACUUCUCUGCUGAUGCUGCUGUUGUGAUCCAUGCAGCGCUGGAUGACAGUGACUUCUUCACCAGCUAUUACACUCUGGGAAAUAUAUACGCAAUGCUUGGGGAGUAUAACCAUUCGGUGCUCUGUUAUGACCAUGCUUUGCAGGCGAAACCUGGGUUUGAGCAAGCUAUAAAAAGGAAGCAUGCUGUCCUAUGUCAGCAAAAACUUGAGCAGAAAUUGGAGGCUCAACAUAGAUCUCUCCAGCGAACACUGAAUGAGUUGAAAGAAUACCAGAAGCAGCAUGACCACUACCUGAGGCAGCAGGAGAUCCUGGAAAAGCACAAGCUGAUUCAGGAAGAGCAAAUACUAAGAAAUAUCAUCCAUGAGACUCAGAUGGCAAAAGAAGCACAGUUAGGAAAUCAUCAGAUAUGCCGUCUGGUCAACCAGCAGCACAGUUUACAUUGCCAGUGGGACCAGCCUGUGCGCUACCAUCGAGGAGAUAUUUUUGAAAACGUGGACUAUGUUCAGUUUGGUGAGGAUUCAUCCACCUCCAGUAUGAUGUCUGUGAACUUUGAUGUUCCUGCAAAUCAGAGUGAUAUUAGUGACUCAGUCAAGUCUUCUCCUGUAGCCCAUUCUAUUCUCUGGAUCUGGGGCCGGGACUCUGAUGCAUAUAGAGACAAACAGCAUAUUCUGUGGCCUAAAAGAGCAGAUUGUACAGAAAGCUAUCCUCAAGUCCCUGUUGGCGGGGAAUUGCCAACAUACUUUCUGCCCCCGGAGAACAAAGGACUCAGGAUCCACGAGCUCAGCAGUGAUGAUUAUUCUUCAGAAGAAGAGGCCCAAACCCCUGACUGUUCCAUAACUGACUUCAGAAAAAGCCACACUCUGUCCUACUUAGUCAAAGAAUUAGAGGUCCGCAUGGAUCUGAAAGCCAAAAUACCAGAUGACCAUGCACGAAAAAUUUUGCUUUCCCGCAUUAAUAACUAUACUAUCCCAGAGGAAGAAAUUGGGUCUUUCUUAUUUCAUGCUAUUAACAAGCCAAAUGCUCCUGUCUGGCUCAUACUCAAUGAAGCUGGACUCUACUGGAGAGCAGUAGGAAAUAGCACUUUUGCUAUUGCUUGUCUUCAGAGGGCUUUGAAUUUAGCUCCACUUCAAUACCAGGACAUUCCUCUUGUAAACUUGGCCAACCUUCUGAUUCACUAUGGCCUUCACCUCGAUGCUACUAAGCUGCUGCUUCAAGCUUUAGCCAUUAAUAGCUCUGAGCCCCUGACCUUUUUGAGCCUGGGAAAUGCUUACCUUGCUCUGAAGAAUAUCAGUGGGGCACUUGAAGCCUUUAGACAGGCUUUGAAAUUAACUACCAAAUGCCCAGAGUGUGAAAACAGCCUGAAGUUGAUCCGCUGUAUGCAGUUUUAUCCUUUUCUGUACAACCUCACCUCUUCUGUUUGCAGUGGUCAUUGUCAUGAGAAAACCCUGGACAGCAGCCAUGACAAGCAGAAAUACUUUGACAACUCGCAGUCCCUGGAUGCUGCCAAAGAAGAGACCUCUGAGAGGGGAACAGAGGAGCACCCUAUACUCUCUGUUGAGGAUUCAGGGGGGGACUCAGGUGCCCUUAGACUUGAAAGUACAGUGGUGGAGGAAAGCAAUGGUUCUGAUGAGAUGGAAAAUUCAGAUGAAACAAAGAUGUCAGAAGAGAUACUGGCUUUGGUGGAUGAAUUUCAACAGGCAUGGCCUCUGGAAGGCUUUGGGGGAGCACUGGAGAUGAAGGGGCGGCGUCUAGACCUGCAGGGGAUACGGGUGCUGAAGAAAGGUCCCCAGGAUGGAGUGGCCAGAAGCUCUUGCUAUGGAGACUGCAGAAACGAAGAUGAUGAAGCAACAGAAUGGAUCACAUUCCAGGUCAAACGUGUAAAGAAACCCAAAGGAGAUAAUAAGAAAAUGCCUGAGAAAAAGCUAGAAUCAACUCAAGCAGAAAAUGGGCAUCGUUACCAAGCAAAUCUCGAGAUCACAGGCCCAAAAGUGGCAUCUCCUGGGCCACAAGGAAAAAAACGUGACUAUCAAAGUCUGGGGUGGCCCAGCCCAGAUGAGUGCCUCAAACUCCGCUGGGUAGAGCUGACUGCCAUCGUGAGCACCUGGCUUGCAGUUUCUUCAAAAAACAUUGACAUCACGGAGCAUAUAGACUUUGCUACCCCUAUACAGCAGCCAGCAACGGAGCCACUUUGCAAUGGCAAUCUCCCCACAAGCAUGCACACCCUGGACCACUUGCAUGGGGUGUCCAACCGAGCCAGCCUGCACUACAUGGGUGAGAGUCAGCUAACAGAGGUAUUACAGAAUCUUGGCAAAGACCAAUAUCCACAACAGUCACUUGAACAAAUUGGCACCCGCAUUGCCAAAGUUUUGGAAAAGGCAGAAGGAAAAUUAUCCCAGAUGGAAGUUCACAAAUACAAGAAAUAGCAGAGAAACUGGAAAAGUUAAUGCCAGUGUAAAUAUAAGUAUGGCUAUACAAAAUAAAGAUAAUAUAUUCUGAAAUUAAAACUCACGGCAACAGUAAUAUAAAAGGCAGAAGGGAAUUGCAUUAAGUAGGUAGUCUUCAGUUAGACAGUUCACGUUCAUGCAGCUCGCAGGCCUCCUGGGCCUCACUCAGAAAGAUGUGAGCCAGGAAAGGCAGCACACCACUAUAGCAGCAUUAGGUGUAAACCUCCAGAGUGCCCUCAUAGUGCACACCUAGUCUGGGGUCCUAUUCUCAGCCUGCUCUUUUUCUGCCAAGUGAUAGCUCAGGGAACAAAUCAAAUGAUUUAGUGUGGUAACUAUCUUGACUUAAGUGUCAUAAGUUCCAGGUGAGAAUCAGUAUGUUUUCUAAAAGCCCCAUGAAGGCUGGAGGUGUGGCUCAAGUGGUAGAGCCCCAAGUUCAAACUCCAAAUACACACACACACACACACACACACUCUCACACGUCCCAUGGGCAUGGAGUUCUGCAGAAGGACAGGACUAUAAGACUACAAGAUCCAUGGCACUCAGAACCUCGAAGCCCUGGCUUCCCACCAGGUAUUUGUGGUUUAUUUACAGUCUCCUAGUCCAGAUACAGUUCACCAACCAGGGUCAUUUUUACCAUAAGCUGUGUUGCCUGCUAACAGCUAACAUCACCCGUUAUUAGGUUUUCAGGGGAGAAGAGCUAGAAGAUUAAUCCAGCAUUGCUUCCCAUUGUAGGUUCACAGACCGGCCUCUAUGACCCUGAGUUAACAACUUUAGUACAGCACUCAGACUUCAGAGUACAUCAGAAUCACAAUCCUGUUAAAACACUGGGUGUAGGAGUGAGCUUGAGAAUUCACAUUUCUAGGAAGUUCCCAGAUGAUGUGGGUGAUACUGCUCUUCUGAGGAUCACAGAGAAAGCAGGCCUUAGCAGAUGGCAGUGAUAAUAGCAGAGUGCCACUUUCCCACUUGCACCAUUCUCAGAAUACCAUGGAUCUCUAUAUUGUCUUGGCUUCAACUUUUAAAAUAGUCUUUAUCCUUUAUUAUUUCUUCCAAUGCCCAUUAGCAAUUUUCUCCUUAGGGAGUUAUUGAGUUUGCAUUGCCACUAAUUAUCACCAACUGUCAGCAACUAACAUUAGACUCCAAUUUAGCCAUCAAUCAGUCAGCAUUAUCAGACUGUCAACUUGCUGCUGACAUUGCUCUCCACACAUGGUACUCAAAAGCCUCUGCAAAGGUCCCUGCCCUGUUGGCCCCAGAUGUGCACCAAGCUACUGCCAUUGCCACUACAGCCUGUUUAUAUGCCAGGUUGCCACGUAGUCCUGUUUAACCUUAAGAGCUGGUACAGAGUAGUUCUCCCAUUAUGUCCCCCACUUCCCAGGUGCAGGCUCACUGAUACUACUCCAUGCUUGAUUGGAUCAGUGGCCAACCCAACUUGAUCAUAGCCAACCUAGCAGCUCCAGCCUCUCCCUGAUCACAGACCUAGCCACAAAUGUGCAGUCUCAAGCUCAUGUGCUUAUCUACCGCUGCCACUACUCUGCAAUGCUGACUUCCAAUGGCCUUAGAACUCACUAGACAGGUCAUUCGUAGUCACACGUCUUAGUAAGCCCUCAUGGCCUUGCUUUUGCUAGAACAGCAGAGAACUGCAAACACAGGCACAGUGCAGUUUUUCAUGUUUAUCUAGAGGCCUGUCACUGUCUGGCAGCAGUCCCAAGUGAAACUCAGGGGCAGGGGACCAACAUAUGGGUGAGUGUGUAAACACCAUGGCUUAGAAGUCGCAAGUUCCUCGCAACAGUCCAUGGGCCCAGAGCCCAGCAAUCCACACUUGGGAAAGCCUGGAACCAUGGCUUUCCACAGGUCAUUCACAGUACUCCCAUUCUGUUGGCAGUUUACCAGUCAGGUCAUCUGUGCCACAGCAAUGCUUUCUCAUAACACAGGUGACAUUCUAGUUUUAUUAGGAUUGUUUCCAGGGAAACAGCUAAAAAGUUAAAAUGAGAUCAACUUCCUAUGAAGUUGUACUGUCCAUACUGUUGUAUGGACAGUGUUAGGAUUUAGUAUUAUCAGGAAAAUAAUGUUAAACUAGUAGCAAUAUAUUUUAUCCUGUUAAAAAUUGAAGGUGCACAUUGUAUUCUCUAAGUUAAACACUGAAAGAACAGUGAACAAAUACAUGAUUCAGGGAAAAAAGAAUAAUAAAACCAUUUUGUUAGUUGAAAAGAAGCAAGAAGGUAUAAAAAGAAUGUAAAGCAGGUGGGUGAUAUAGCAAAUUGUAGCAUGAUAGAGAUAAACCUGCUUGUCAGUGAUUAACAAAUACAAAAGAAUUAAGUAAACCAAUCUGAGCACUAACAUUAUGAAGCUGGCUUUAAAAAUUGAACCAGAUUACAUACUUUUUUAAAAAUGGUACCCCUUGCCAGGCAUAGCAGCACACUUCUAUAAUCCCAGCACUUGGUAGGCUGAGGCAGGAGGCCAGCCUGGGCUACACAGCAAGACGUAUCUCAAAAAAAAAAAAAGUAACUUUACUUCUUAAUGUAAGAUAUAAAAUGGUUGAAGUUAAACAAAUUGAGAAAAGAGACAGCAUGCAACUACUAAUCCAAAGAAAGCUGGUAUGGCUAUACUAAAAGACAAUGCAGAAUUUAAGGCAAGAAGCAUUACUAAGACAUUUCCUAAUAAAACCAAGAGAGUAUAAUCCUCAGUCUCCCCUCAAUAUCCAUAUAGAGCUGAUUCUAGAACCCUCUGUGGAUAACAAAAUUUGUGGAUUCUCCAAUCCCUUACAUAAUAUGACAUAGUAUUUGCAAAUAAACAGUGCAUAUCCUUCUGUGUACUUAAAAAAAAAAAGAGAUUUCCUAAUGAU